AUGGUGUUUAUAGUCCUGAUAGCAAUUGUCUGUGCUCUAUGGGCGUGGUCGCGGUACAAAAAUAGUCGAAAUAAGAAUGAACCUCCGGCCAUUCCAGGUGGACUACCAUUAAUUGGCCACGCACAUUUGCUUAUAGGAAAUAGUGUUGAGCUCUGGAAAUCUGUAGUGGAGCUCUCGUAUGACUGUCUACGUUUAGGAGGGGUACUUUCUGCAUAUAUCGGUCCAAGAACUAUAUAUGUCGUAACAGACCCUGAAGAUGCACUAACAGUAGCAAACAACUGCCUUCAGAAAGAUGCCUUUUACGAAUUUGCUAAAUGCUGGCUUGGCGAGGGACUUGUAACUGGAAAGUUAUCAAUAUGGCGGAACCACCGCCGUUUAUUAAAUCCAGCUUUCAGUCAAGUUGUGCUGGACGGCUUCCUUGGAGUCUUCAAUAGCCAAUCACGAAGAUUGGUCCAGGAUUUGAAGAAGGAAGUUGGUAAAGGACCGUUUGACCAUUGGGUCUAUACGCGUCAUAACGCUUUAGAAACAAUUUGCUUAACAGCGCUAGGAAUAGACUUCACGGAAAAAAAUGUUCUCAACAGCCAGUAUGUUAAAGCUACGGAACAGAUAUUCAAUGUAUUCGUCGAGAGGUUCCAGAAGUUCUGGCUUCACAAUGACUACGUGUACAGCUGGUCUCAAUUAAGGAAGAAACAGGAUAGCCUGCUGGAAAUUCUUCAUAACAUGUCAUAUACCGUAUUACAAAAACGGAAAGCUGAUUACUUGAACAGACUAGAAACUGGAAAAACAGAAGAUAAAACAGGAACGAAAUUCAAACCAUUCAUGGAUCUUCUACUGGAACUAGCCGUGGAAAAGGGUGCAUUCAACGAUAGAGAGAUACAGGAACACGUAGAUACGAUGAUCGUGGGUGGACACGACACUUCUGCUAGUGUGCUAAUGUUCACACUUUUGCUUAUUGGUUCGCAUCCGGAAGUUCAAGAGAAGAUUUUCGAAGAAUUACGCCAAGUCUUUGGCAACGAUGACCGUGACGUCACGAAGCAGGAUCUAUCCCAGUUGGUUUAUUUGGAAGCAGUUCUGAAGGAGAGCAUGAGGAUUUUUCCUAUUGUUCCUGUAACUGCGAGGGUACUAGACAAGGAUUUAAAAUUGAAAACAUACACAUUAUCAAAGGGUCGUACUUGCUUUAUGUUCGUCUAUGGAAUACACAGACACCCCAUGUGGGGACCAGACCGUGAGGAGUUCAAGCCUGAGAGAUGGCUCGAUCCAGCCACAUUGCCUGAAUGCCCGACUGCUUUUGCCGCGUUUAAUAUGGGAAGAAGGAUCUGUAUUGGAAAAUCCUACGCCUACAUGUCUAUGAAGACCACGCUGUCACACGUAAUGCGCCAUUAUAAAGUGACAGGGGAUUACACCAAGCUAGUGUUGAAAAUUGAUGUCAUGUUGAAGCCAGAAACGGGCCACCAUAUAAGCAUCGAGAAGCGGAAUUUAUCAUAA